CCAAUCCUACUAGCUACUACCACCUGCGCUACUGUCCACUGCUUAUAUAUAGUAACAUCUAGUGAGCAAUGAAUAUGCGUUGUUCCAUUUGAUUUAACUUCUUUUUUUUCUUUUCCAUUUCCCACCUUAACACUUUGAAUGCAUGCAUACAUUCAUGGAUUUCUUCAAAUAUUUCAACAUGUUCAUCAUCAUUUUCAUUUUCUUUUCAUCUGCAACACCAAUCUUCUCAGAUUCCUCCUCCACCACUUCAAAUGACCACUUAUCAAUCCCAAACUUUCUAAAUUUAUCCAAGGAACCUCAAGUUUUUGAUUUCAUGGUUGAUAUAAGGAGAAAAAUUCAUGAGAAUCCUGAACUGAGUUAUCAAGAAUUUAAAACUAGUAAGCUUAUACGAACAAAAUUGGAUGAAUUAGGUGUCCCAUAUAAACAUCCAGUUGCAGUGACAGGUGUUAUUGGUUACAUAGGAACUGGUCUUCCUCCUUUUGUAGCUCUCAGAGCUGAUAUGGAUGCUCUUCUCAUGCAGGAAUUGGUGGAGUGGGAGCAUAAGAGUAAAGUACCUGGAAAGAUGCAUGCAUGUGGUCAUGAUGCUCACGUGGCUAUGCUUCUUGGUGCUGCUAAGAUUCUCAAGGAACAUGAAAAAGAGUUACAAGGAACUGUUGUUCUUGUUUUUCAACCAGCAGAAGAAGGAGGUGCCGGGGCUAAGAAAAUUUUAGAUGCUGGAGCCUUAGAAAAUGUCUCUGCCAUAUUUGGAUUGCAUGUCCUAAAUAACUUACCUUUAGGUGAAGUGGCUUCUAGGUCUGGUCCUAUUGCUGCAGGAAGCGGUUUCUUUGAAGCAGUAAUAAGCGGCAUGGGGGGUCAUGGAGCCAUUCCUCACCAUGCUAUCGACCCCAUUUUGGCGGCUUCCAAUGUAGUUGUUAGCUUACAACAAAUUGUUUCUCGCGAGGUUGAUCCCGUAGACUCCCAGGUUGUGACAGUAGGAAAGUUUCAAGGAGGUGGUGCAUUCAAUGUUAUUCCAGACUCUGUCACAAUUGGUGGCACCUUCCGAGCUUUUCCAAGAGAAAGCUUCACGCAUCUGAGACACCGUAUUGAGCAGGUUAUCACGGGACAAGCUGUUGUGCAUAGAUGCAACGCAACAGUCAAUUUCCUUGAAGAAGAGAAGCCUUUCAUCCCUCCAACUAUAAACAAUGGUGGCUUGCAUGACCAUUUUCAAAGUGUCGCUGGGAGGUUACUUGGUGUUGAUAAAGUUAAGGACCAGCAGCCAAUGUUGGGAUCAGAAGACUUCGCCUUCUAUCAAGCGGCUUUGCCUGGAUACAUCUUCCUCCUCGGAAUGGAGGAUGUCUCAGUUGAACGUCUUCCGUCGGGACACUCACCCUAUUACAAAGUCAACGAAGAUGCACUUCCUUAUGGUGCUGCACUUCACGCCUCGUUGGCUUCUAGGUAUCUUGUCAAGCUUCAUCAGGAGGUACCAGUAGUAGAGAGGAAAAUUCAUGAUGAAUUAUAAGCAAAUAUUAUUUAGAAAAAGGCAUAUAAUUGAUGCCACGAGGUUGGGACAUUGGGUUGGACCCAUCUGUUGUAGAUGAAUUAUCAUUUAAAUUAUAAUUCCUUAGCUCUUUGUGUUUGAAAUCUUUAAA